AUGUAUUCAAUGACCGCCCCUACUGUUAUGACAACUUAUGGCCCUGUCAGCGGGACUGUAACCCAACUACCGACAAACAAGACUGUUAAAAGCUAUUUGGGAAUCCCUUUCGCCCAGGCGAAGCGUUUCGAGGAUCCCGUUCCACCAAACAAGUGGACGUCAACUCUACACGCAAAUGCGACACGCAGUGUCUGUCCUCAGCAUGUGCUUCAAGGGACGGAGUACCAACGCCCUCUCUUCAACGAAGAACACUGUCUAACGCUCAGUGUUUACAUCCCCGAGAACGCAACAAGCGGUUCUCGCCUUGCAGUGAUGCUUUGGAUUCAUGGCGGAGCUUUUCUUUCAGGUGACACUUUGUCAUUCAAUGGUGCUGUGUUGGCAACCGAAGGAAACGUUAUUGUCGUCGUAGCAGCGUAUCGCUUGGGAGUUCUUGGUUUCUUAAGCUCGAGAAGCAGCGAUCUGAAAGGAAACUAUGGCAUGAUGGAUCAAGUAGAGGCCAUGAAAUGGGUCAAUAAAAACAUCGCGAGGUACGAAAGUGUUUCCAACUAUGAACUAAGACAACUGAGUAAUAGAGUCACGCAAGAGUGAUAACUAGGAUAAAUGGUGCGAAAAUGAUUAUUAGUUCAACAAGAAUAGUCAUACCAUUUUUUAAAAGUGUUUUUCUAUUCUGUGCAUAUAUGUAAUUGACUGAUUCAUGUUCCUUGAGAACGAGCCCAAUCGAUUUCUUAUAUGGGUGACAUUUUUUUCCUUGAAGGCCGAGCAAACUUUGGCCUGCUCAUUCUUAGCUUGACGGGUCUCAACUUGUAGAAAAUGGAAUGCGGCUUAUAUUGAUGCUGAAAUUAGUUUAAAAUUUAUACACUUGUUCAGUGUCCAUAUUUAUACAACCUCUCCGAAAACGUAUACAUCGGAUAUGUACAUUAUUUUAAGCUCGAACUUAUUUCCAUAGUCACACUUUCAUAAUAUAUUAAAUCUUGCUUAUCCGUUUUUGAAAAAAGGCUGUUUAUUACGAAAAAAUUUCACGCUUUGUAGAUCGCAAUCACUCAGAACUAUUGUUAAGUUGUUGUUUCUAAAGUUGUCAUUUGCAAAUGUUCAGUUUUGGUGGCGACCCCGACAAAGUGACCAUAUUUGGUGAGUCAGCAGGUGGAGCAUGCGUUGGAUUGUUGAUGUUGUCUCCCCUGACGCAAGGUUUGUUCCAGAACGUUAUUAUGCAGAGUGGAACAGCAGCAGUUCUUUGGGCUGCUCAGGGAAGAAAUGAGGCAGACGCCGUAGCCAGGUGCAGUAUUACAAAUUUUGUUACAAACCAGGCCUUUCAAUUGGUCUGAAAUUUGUUAUUUUAAUUUUCAUCUGUUUCAUUAACGACGAUUAAUUCAUCCAUAACGUGCCUCACGCUCUAAUCAGCAACAAAAAAGGAACCUGGGUAUCCAGCUAAGAACCCGAAUGAUAACUCCGCCAUCUCAGCUGGAAAAUCUGAUAGAGGGAUCAAAUUUCACGCUAUCAUGAUCAUGUUUUCAUGCAAAAAGUGCACGUGGUUGGCGCUCGAAGUGAUGUCGUCUUCAUACAAGGCGCAAAACAUGGGACAGAUUAGGAAAGGGAGCGCUUGCUAUGAUUAGAGCUGAUGUUUUUGCAUUUCUUUUUAAUGAAUGAAUACAGGCAACUUUAUGGUAUCAAUUUGGAUUCACCAUAACACUUAGAGUAACAAGUCAUAACUCUGCUAUACAUCGAAAAUCAAUUACACUGGCCUGAGACCUCAGCAAGCUCUCUUGAGCUUUUCUGAUGAGAGCACAUGGGUUUUUAACUCUUUAAACCUUGGGAUCAAAAUUUGAAUUCUCAUUUGUUGCCCCUAUUCAUUUCCUACAGAAGUAGUGCGGAGAAGUUGAUAAAAUAUCAAGCAAAUUCAUCUUAUGUGGUCAUGUCCGUAACUCUCAUGACAACCCUGUUUUACAAAGCAUUGAUUUUACAAGGAGAAAUUUGAUGCUGAUCACUUUAGGGCUUUUAAGGGUAGUAAAUAUUAGGUAAGUGAGAACUAACUACUAGCAUUCUGCCCACCAAUGUCAUAACUAAUCCGAUAACGUCAAAUGACAGUGCGUGAACAGUCAGAAGUAGGGGAUGCUUUUAAGCAUGGGCUAAACUUCCCACCCAUUUUUCAAAAUACUUUGUUUAACGUCAACUAUCAAGGCGAGAAGCUGUUUUAUCGUUACUUUUUCCUCUAAUUUUAUCUUUAAUAAGCUGACUCCUUGAAUAAUUAGCCGAUAGAUUAUCUGAUGCAGUGCUGAAGUUUUUCAGUCGAUGACACAGGUGGCUCGAUAGAAUAAGUCCGAGUACUUCCAACAGGAGUCGUGUGGAAAAAUGACAUUUUUACUGAACCGUUUAUUUAUGCAUUUAAAUGAUAAUUAUUCUGAUGACACUGUGUAUUAUCCGAGACACGUCAUAGCCUCUAUUGUGAUUACAAGCUGAAUCAUUGGAUAAUGCACUUCUAGCAUCUUGAUUGGCUUAGCCGUUAUGGUAUAUGAGCUAUUAUACCAUGCUCUCCACAUAUGGUCGGGGUAAGCGUCAGUUUAAAAUUGGAAGCUAGCUGACAUUUUUUUUCGCGAAGGAUAGAACGGCGCCCGAGGCAAAUCGUUUUAAUUCAUUUCUUAGAAUACUAGAAAUGCAAUUUAAUCGAAAGAAAAGAGACAAAAACAAACAAAAAAGUCACAAGAGCUUGUUUGAAAGUUUAUACAAAAACACAUGAAAACACAUGGAACUAAAGUACCUUGACCAGCUACGAAAGAAGACAAGUGUUGUUUCUCACUGUGUUUCUUCAUGAUCGCGAAGCCAUUCGCCGAUCGAGUCACUCGCCGAUAGAGAACUGCGGCUUGUUUAUCCGACAUCAAGAAUAUAAAUCACAAGUAACCAGCUACAAAUACAGGCUAUGCAGCCAUUCACUAGAGUAAUCGAGGCGGCAGUAUAGCUUCUUUUCUCGUUCAGCAAAACCAGCUUGUGGCUUCAAACAACUUCAUAACAAGCGACCGAGGUAAUAGUUUUUCUCCGUUGUUCUUACUUUUAUAACUGCACCGAAAAUCCAAAUUCACAGUAACUUCCACGGCUGUCACUUAAAAAUUCUUUUCCUUCACACUAUCUGCCAGGGUUUUUUAGCUGUUCUGCUCUGUAAAAUCCUAGAAUCCCGAUGAGUUUUUGAAAAACUAAUGUUCAUCGCUACAAUGUUUUGAUUUUUCAUUCAUGCAGUCCAGGCGAGUCCGUUCGCGCGUUGACAGUUUUGAUAGACGUGUGACAUGUGAAUAGCGGAAGUCCCUUGUCUUUUCGGGUUUGUUCUAGUCGGGGAGAUUCGACGAGAAUUUGUGGGCGUUUUUAAUAAAACAAUUAUUCCACUCGCGCUUGUUGGAUAUGAGAUGAUUAUAACCAACUCGGCGCUACGCGCCUCGUUGGCUAUCUAUCAUCUCAUAUCCAACGCGCCCUCGUGGAAUAAUUGUUAAUUAGACUCGCACCUUUUUCGUCAUGUGAUUACUGUGAACGUUGUGACUCGUUGUGUUUAGUUUUUGUUUUUCGGACAUUUGUCCAUCUGGAAACCUAGUAGACUUCAACUAAACGGGCAAAAAUUCAACAAGUCGAGCUUAGGGGUCUUUUGAUAACAAGUCCAGAUGUUCUAUCACAGAGCUACAGGAGAGUCAUGGGAGCUAAGGCCUGGUUCAGACGCCGUACUUUUCAUGUGCCGAACCUAAUUGAACAAGUUCGACUUUGGAGCGACUCUGGCACGACAUCUGAUUCAGACGGUGCACCUGUGUCGAGCCUAAGUUAAGUUCGAUGGACUCUGUCGAACUUUACUCUUUUGCCGCACCAAACUAAAACUGCCAUACCAAAUUGAUUCAGACGCCGCUCUUUUGCCAUCAGUUAGGUUCGGCACAUGAGUGGAGCGGCGUCUGAGCCGGGCCUAAGGCCACUAAACUAGGAUCAUGUGUCAAACAUCUUGCGUCACCGCUAGCACUGGAAAUGUCCAUAUGUGCUUAUGCAUGAUUAGAGGAAUGUGAUUGGUGAAUUUAGAAUCUGGUGAAUUCAUGAAAAAAUACAUUAAAAAAAUUAGAUGACUAAAAAAAGUAUCUUUUUCGAGUUCGAGCGCUGCGGUAAUGAUCUGAUAUGUGCCCCUGAACAGCAGGGUAUUGUUUUCAGGGUGUUCAGUCUUAAACAGGUUAUUUAAUCUCUGACAAUUUCACUAUGUGGCGUCUUUAAUAGGGUUUGUUUUUCGACUGGAAAGAGUGUUAAGAAGUGUGACGGCUGCAGGUGAGCGGUGUCCAUUUGUGGCACCAACAGAGCAAUUAAAGACUUCGGUGGUACACCUAUACCUACCUCUACUCACACUACCCUAGAGUGAUCCCCCCUGGGCUUCAUAGUAACCAGACGCUAAGCAGCUUAUAAAUUUUGGGGCGCUGAGGCUUGUGGUAUUAAUUACUGAUUUCGUUUCAAGGCGUUUUGCCCAAUUACUGGGAUGCGACGAAUCCUCACUUAAAGAGUGCGCAAAGAAGAAAACAUUUCAAGAAAUUAUUGAUGCACAAAUUCAGAUAUAUCCAAAGGAGCAUGUUUUGUCUUUUUGUCCAGUUGUGGAUGGAUACUUUUUACCAGGUACGGGAAUGAGUGUUCGACCCAUGUAAGGCAAUCAAAGAGUCUGUGACAGUGGAUUCCAGAUUCCAGGCACUUGAUUCCUUACUCCAACUGUAGCUGGCGGGAUUCUGCAUUCCAGAUUCCAAAGCCUUUUCAAGCAAAAAUUCCCCAAAUUACAGAGUCAGGACUACCUUACAUCAGUGGGGCAGGAAUAUAAUCCCCUACUUUAUCUCCUGCGAGUAAAAGAGAGACUGAGACUGAUCCAAGGCAAGAGAGGAUAAAGUUCCAAGGCUGAGUUAUAUCUGACAGACCACCACCUGACCACCCCUUAUUACAACAAAGUUUUCCUUUCCGGAGUAUUUCGUUAUUCUACGACCUCGUUUACUUAAAAAUCGUGUUGUUACGAGCUAUUUACCUUUCGGCCCUGGUGGGGAGGGGGAGGGGGGACAUAGAUUAAUUUUUGCUGGGUAUGUGUCGCUGGCCUCUCAGAGCCCCUACCUCAUCAUAGUCUAUUCUGUGGCCAAUUAUAGACCCCAUAUAAAUACGUAAUAUAAUUACGCAAAUAUGUAAUUUUCGCGAUCCCAGUUUUAGUCACUUUCUAUUUAUGUAUCUAUCCUGCAUUGAAUUAAGAACGCUUUACUUUUCACCUACAAUACAAACAUUCUGGUACGUUUACUAAUCUUAAAUAUAAAUAAAAAACUGUCCUACCCCAAAAAUCAGAAAAUGUGCAACACCAUCCUAGCAACGCUAUUGAAAAUGCGACCCGUCCAGUGGUGGAAAUUUGACCCCAUCCAGCGGCACUUUCCCAUUAGCCUCUUAUAAGGAAGUACCCCCUCGGGCCCUUUGGAGUUGAUCGUUAUGUUCCCACUGUCCCGAGCUCCCAUUCCCCUAUUCUCCCCCCGUGAGUCAGAACGCCUGACAGGACCAUCCAAUCCGACAAAGGCAUACACUUAUACAGCUAUUCUGAUUUUCUGACCUCUCGUAAUGUAUUUAAUUCUAGAAUCUCCUUUAAAGCUCUUAAAAGCUGGAGAAUUCAGCGCCAGUAAUGUUAUGGUUGGAGUAACACGGGACGAUGGCGAUAUUUUUCUCGCGGAUAUCCCAGGUACGAGUCCAAUUUCCUUGGAGAUCUGUGAGAAGAAAAGUCUUUAAGAUAGACUCAGUAAACCAACUGACCUUAAUAUGCGAACCAUUUGUGCUAGCCGGUUCGGUGUUUUAUGAUUACACUUGAACCCGAUUUAGUCUUUCUCGGUGUUGCAACAGAUUGAGAACACAUUAAGGAGCGUAUCCCUGUUUCCUUAACAUGAAGCAUGCCUAGGAGUAUUGCUACUACCCCCUGGACGGGAUGCUAGUCCAUCGCAGGGUUAUUCCCCAGUAAUAUGUCGCCGGUACCCAUUUAUACACCUGGGAGAAACGAGACAACGAGGAGUAAAGUCUCUUGUCUAAGGAAACAAAAGGACUGGCGAGGCUUGAACCCCAGCCAUCCAGAUCCAGGGAUUGAGAUGUUGACCUCUCGGGCCCAAACACCUCCAUGAGAACGUAUAAGUUACUCUAUUUACUCGACUUUUCAGUUAAUCGUAUCUACUAAGUAAGCUAACAGAACCUGCUCUUAUAACCACUGUCUCAAAAACAUUUAGCAGAAUAAAUAUGUCCAUCCUGUAACGACUCGUACUUCAGUGGAAGUUAAAAAAUCCUUUUUCAAACUUAUUAGAGAGUCAUUAGCACCUUUUCUCAAUUUUCUACUUAGGUGUCUAUUAUCAAUACUCGUACCUUUCUUAUUCUAUUAAAGGUUUCAUGAAACCUCUCGACGUUUCAAACGGCAUUUCAAGGGAGGUAUUUGAGGAACAGAUAAGAAAGAGAGUUUGGACUCGACCCCAGACUGAGAAAAUCGAAGACCUGCUAAUCUAUGAAUACACAGACUGGUCCAACGUCAGCGAUCCCAUUGUGCUACGCGAGCAGUUCAUUCAUCUAUUAACAGACUCGUACUUUAAGGCUCCCGCCGUAGAGUCUGCAAAUUUACUGGUGAAGAAGCAACUUCCAACGUACUUUUACCAACUAGAAAUAGCACCCAAGAUUAAGUUCGGUGUUCCAUUACCAGAAUGGUAUGGGAUAUUUCAUGGAGCAGAUAAUUUUUACACAUUUGGCUUACCGCUUCUGGCUCAGAAGAAUCACACAACUGAGACGGAAAUAACAUUCAGCAAGAAGUUCAUGACGCUGUGGAGCAAUUUUGCCAAAACAGGGUUUGUAGAAAGAAAUAAUUGGUACUAGCAUCUCUCGCACUAAGCAAUAUUACUAGGUGUUUUACGGAACCAGAAAGGGAUUAUCUCUAGUUGAGUGUGGAUUCCUUGUGCCAACGUAUAGGGCAGAGUAAUAGAGUCACUGGAAAGACAUUACUGCUUACUGUGAAGGCAUGCAUACGUUGUUAGUUACGAAAACGUCACUUAAAAUGUGAAUCCUGGCUGCUUUAAACUUUAGGACGCUUUUUCUAUCUCGCUUAAUUCGUCAAAUGUUGGCAAUUUUUGUUGGAGUUAAAUUCUAAAGGACAGUCACAAAGUUGGCGAAAGGAAGAAGAAAGUUGCUGUCUUGUGUUCCCGUCCUCGACAAAACGUGAAAUUAGGCACUUUCACGUAGUAGUCGUACGACGACGGCAAAGAAAUUUACAAAAAAGCGUGAUACAGGUGCAAAGUUGUUAUUUUGUUAACCUAAACCUACUGGUUUUUUGCCUUCCUCGUUGCCGUCGCCGUCCUCCUUGUUUAAGCUCCCUAACAACUGAGACGGCUAGGGCGACGGCGACGGCGACGGCAACGAGAACGUCAAAUAAGCAAAACUACAACUCUACACCCACAUCACGUUGUUUGGCACAUUUCUUUGCCGUCAUUGCACGACAACGACGUGAAAUUCCCUCAAGAGAUGGUGUCGAGUUUGUAGGCAAAUUUUUCUUUCUCUUUCUAAACUCAAGAUCGCGCUCGGUUCCUGAAGAAUUCAUUUUCAGAGAAAUUCACCUUCAUUUGUACCUUCGCUGUCGUCGUUGCCAAAGCUCUGCUAUUGUGCGUCGGACGAUGGUUUUUUCCGCGGAUUAAAAUAGUUUUACAAUUCAUACCAUCAGAGCCUAGAUGAUCCUGAAUGCUUAUUCUAUCUUAGGAAUCCCAACUCUCCGUUACCCUUGGAGACCACGUGGCCCCAGUACUCAGCCGAGCGAGAAGAAUAUAUAGAGUACCGAAGUGUGACGUCAUAAAAAAUGAAAUUUGUGAAAUUAUGGGAUUUGUUAAGCUAUUCUGAAAGAACAACGUCCAAGACGCCUACUCGCCAAAAAUUAGCAAUUUGGGGCAAAUUGUCUCUGAGAUAUUAGCCCAGAUAUGCUCCGAUGACUCCAUACAAAUCCUUCUAAAUCUUACCUGGUUCCUAAUCUUAUGAACCAAGCCAAAUUUAGAAGGAUUUGUAUGGAAUCGUCACAGCAUAACUGGGCUAAUAUCUCAGAGACAAUUUGGCCCGAAUUGCUAAUUUUUGGCGAGUAGGCGUCUUGGACGUUGUUCUUUCAGAAUAUCUUAACAAAUCCAUAAUUUCACAAAUUUCAUUUUUAUGACGUCAUCACUUCGGUACUCUAUUGGCCUGGGUGCGAACUUAACAGUUAGGUCUAAAAUGCGCCCAAAAAAGAUGGUGCUGUGGAAUGAGUUUCUUCCAGAACAGUUACAAGUAGACCCAACCACAGAGCGUCCCAAGCUGGACACAACUGAUGAGGCAAUGCGUGAUGAAUUCUAAACUUAGGCACAACUGAGACGGAGCCUGAUGAUGAUAAAGGUACAUAUUCUAAAAUUCAGACUUUAAACUGAAUUGGCAUGUAGUUAAAUUAUCGUAAUCAGAGUUUCUCAUACAGCUAGUUAUUCUUGCAAAUUUUGGAUACUGUUCUCCGGAAGCCCAGAGACUCGUCGGAACUUUUAUAUGAUUGGUUAUCAGCCUCAUCCCCAGGACCUUACCAUCCCAUUUUUCAAGGAAAAGGACAUCGAGGGGAAAUUGACUGGAAGUGUAGUUAGUCUGUGUACAGACAGGCUUAGAAAGAGAGUCUCUCUCCCCGUUGUUUUCUGAGGGGAUGAGGACGUCUGUACGCAAGCUUAAUGGUGUAGUCUACCUUUUAUGUUUUGUAAGAGGAAGGGAUUGCUACUCGGAGUAGUUCCAUUGGGUUGAGGUAGCCUACGGUGUCCCGUUAAUUAAAGCCGGUCGUUUAUGGGAGUUGGUCGCUUACAAAAUAAUUUGAGACUGGUGGGGUAGAACCCAAACCCGUUCCCAAGGCUUUUUCCCUUAGAAAAUGAAGGAUGCGGUGUUACAGUAAAGAAUAGCAAGGAUAGUAAAAUGAGGCGUGUCAAAUACAGUGGUGGUUUUCCCGCAACUCCGUGCAUGCCUUCGCUCUCAUACUAUCCCUAAGGAAGAUAACGGAUUACUUUUAUCACUUUUACUAAAAGUGAAUUGGUUGCAGCUCUUUAGGGUGUCCCUCCUAUACUAGCGAAACUGACUAAUUUGUUUAUUGCAAUUAUCACUUUAGGUACUCUAGUGAUGAUACUCGCCAUUUUAACAGCAGUAUUUGGUGCUGUAGAUGCAAUCUUACUUGUUGUCCUAAUCGUCAUUUGCCGCAACAUGCUAAAGCGACGGCAGAAACGAAAGGAGAUUGAAGCCGGCACGAAGACCUUUUUUGAAUUCAGAAGACUAAGCCGCACCUUAAUUAUUUAUACCAACGGUUAUAAAACCUUACUACUCUGUCUAUGUCUUUGCGAGUAAAAACUCACACCUGCCAUACUCGCUUUGGGUAGGCUACGUACCCUGCCAUUGAAUAUUAGGGAUCUUAAGUAAAGGAGACAGCGACGGCAGUGAGAACGGCAAAAAAGCAAAAAAGCAUUUGGUUUAGGGCUUGUUUACAAGGAGGUGGGGUACCCCAGGUAGGUGAGGUAACCUGCAUAGGUUGGUUAACCUGCCUAUCCAUAUAAUCUCUCAUUUUAUUUGAUUACGUUUACGUGAUGGGGAUGGAGUGACCAUAUGAGAGAUUAUAUGGACAGUCGGGUUACCCCACUUAAGAGUGUUACCUCGCCUACCUGGGUUCCCCACCUCCAUGUAAACAGGCCCUUGGAGUAGCAAAACAGCAACUUUGCACGUGCAUCACGCUUUUUUGUACAUUUCUUUGCCGUCCUUGUACGACCACGAGGUGAAACUGCGUAAUUUCACGUUUUAUGGAGGACGUGAACGUAGGAUAACGAUUUUCUUUUUCUGAACUUAGAUACAGUCCUUUAGAAUCAACUCCAGGGCCCAGUUGUUCGAAGGCCGAUUAGCGCUUAACCCAGGGUUAAAUUUAACCCGGCUUUCUUUUUUGUUGUUGUUCAAAGGCUUUUUCUCUUAUAAUUUUCACCGUAUUCUUAAGAGUAUCCUAUCAUUAACCUGUUGACAGAAAGAAUUAAACUGCAUUUACUUUUUUAGCUUUCAAAUCUGAAUUCAAAUUUUGCACUAACCCUGGGUUAUCUUAACCCCCCUUUGAACAACUCGGCCCACAAGAAUUCUCCAACAUGAAACAAAUUUUAUAAAAUUGAGCAAUAGUAAUUAAGUUGGAAACAGCGGGAACUCGCUUUCCAAAUGACGUUUUUGCUGCCUAUGCGGUGGUGGUUGCUAAAGAUUUACUAAGGAUUAGCGGAUACUUGUCUAGAUGUCUGUUCUUUGUUUUCGAAUAGUGGCAUUUCAUUUAUAUCGGCCCAAUGAAAGCCAAAUUUGAGGAUACUGUAAAGCUAGCUGAGCUCUUUCUGACUACGCAGGUAUUGUGCUGAUAAUGUCAUAAUGCACUCUCUCCUUCCCUUCGCAGCUAUGAAACUUAUACAGUGUGUGCAAAGGUACAAUAUUUUUAUCGGAAAAGCCCAAGAGAAAUUUUGUGAUGAGUAAUCAAAUAUGAUUGUAAGAAAUAACAUAACCUGCAUUAGGCUCUUGAGUCAGCUAGAAGGAGUGAAAAACCGCAAAUUACAUUCAUCUCUGUUUCCGAGAAGGGUUGGGACCAGCUGUCCGUCUUAGGCCCCGCUCACCUUACUGACGUAUUUUCUAGCAUCUGCUCGCUGUGUUUCCUCAAUUGCGAAGUUUAAGUCUGAUCUCAAUAAUCACUCAGUCUCGUUUAUGUGGAGAAAUGUUGUCUCAGGAAAGAGGGUCACAGUCCCAGCCGAGUCAACAUAUGAGAAAAAAACCCGACCCCUAUGCUCGAGCCAACACCGCCAUCCAAUAUUCGGGAUUGGAAGUACUUACAGGUUACGGGAUGCCGAAAACAACAAAUCAGGAUUACAAGAUUGAUUGUUGCCUCUGUUCCCCCUCUGUUCCUUCCUCUCGCUCCCCUGAGCGAGAGGAAUAUAUUGCCCUGGCCCCGAACUUCACUGUAAGGUCGAAAAUGCGUCCACAAAAGAUGGAGCGGUGGAAUGAGUUUUUACCCGAUCAGUUAAAAGUGGAAUCAACAACAGAUAUCCCCAAGCCGGCCACAACUGAGGCGGAGCCUGACGAUGGUAAAGGUACAUAUUCCAAAAUUCAGAGUUCUUAAUUGGCAUUUACCUUCAUUUUAUUUUUUUCAGGAUUAAUACCGUUAACGAACUUGACUGAUUUGAAGAGGUCCCGGUUCGACAAUUUGUUUUUAUGAAAGGCUAAAGGUUUUUCGCAUACUCCGAGUGUGUGGCAUUUUAAAUUUGUUACUCUAUGUUGCAAGAGGUCUCUUACAAUAGGUUUACGACAAUGUGAAAUAAAUAAACGUCGUUUUACGUAAGGGUUCCAGCCAAUAACGCUUCACUGGAAAUUUUUGGAGUUUUGGAUAGGUGGUGAUCUCUUAUGCAAAGUAAUAUGACACUUGUGUGGUCUCCUUGGCAGCCGUUUUGUCUCGUCACGUAACGCUCCUCCCGAGAAGAGGAGAGUUUCGCGACGAGACGAAAACGGGAGGCAAAGACUUGUGGGCUAGUUCAUUUUAUGAGUUGUGAGGAGAAGGGAUUGCUACGUGGAUUGGUCCCUUAUUUUCCUUAAGUACAGUAAAACAUGUGAAUAUAGUUCAGUAUGGUAUAACACCGUGGCGAUUUCCAUCUGCCCGGGCGUGUGUCGCUCGCUUUGAUGAAGAUAAGGGACUGCUGACUACCUAGAGAGACUCACUACUAUCAAAAGUAAAUUGGUUGUGGGGGUGUCCACGCCAUAACUGGCGAAACUAAUUAAUUCACUUAUUGGGUUUUUUUUCUCACGUUUAGAUACUCUAGUGAUGAUACUCGCCAGUUUACAGGAGUAUUUGGAGCUGUAGCUGUAAUCUUACUUGUUGUCCUAAUCGUCAUAUGCCACAAGCGAAGACAUCAGGGAAAGGAGAUUGAAGCCAGUUUUACUUUAAGCAUGUAGCACAUAGGACAUUUUGAAUUCAGAGGACCAAACCGUACCUUAUUAAUUAGUUACACCUAAGGUUAACUUCUAUGUCUAUGUCAUUCUCUUCUGGUCUAUGUCAUUCAUACUCGCGUGAAUUAGCCUGUCCCAAAGAACAACUGUGUGGCUGACUCAGAAGCUCCCUCAUCCACACAGGCUACCAGCACCGCCACGUUGUAGUCGUGCAAAGAAAUGUUCAAAAAAAAGUGUGCUGCACGUGCAAACUUGUUAUUUCGUUGCCGUCGCCGCUAAGAAUUAUGCGAUGAUAUAUUUCGUUCGAGUAAAACCUGGCUAAUAUAUUUACUUUAAGCAUGUAGCACAUAGGACAUUUUGAAUUCAGAGGACCAAACCGUACCUUAUUAAUUAGUUACACCUAAGGUUAACUUCUAUGUCUAUGUCAUUCUCUUCUGGUCUAUGUCAUUCAUACUCGCGUGAAUUAGCCUGUCCCAAAGAACAACUGUGUGGCUGACUCAGAAGCUCCCUCAUCCACGCAGGCUACCAGCACCGCCACGUUGUAGUCGUGCAAAGAAAUGUUCAAAAAAAAGUGUGCUGCACGUGCAAACUUGUUAUUUCGUUGCCGUCGCCGCUAAGAAUUAUGCGAUGAUAUAUUUCGUUCGAGUAAAACCUGGCUAAUAUAUUUGAUGUUGCAUAAGUGUUCAUUCAUUGAUUUACCUGUCCAAAUUUUGAGCAUGCGGGGGUAGAAGAGACUAGAUUGCUCCUGGAGCUUGUCCAAAAGCAUGAUAAGGAAAAAAGCAAAGCCCUUUUUCGCAAAAUUUUGUCGUCAGUCGAGUACAAGGUCCGUUGGUUGCCCCUAAAAUGAUUAAUUUCGCGCCAAAACGAAACGCAAAAUACACGUCUGGGAUUCUCUUCCCUACCCUGAGAAGUAAUUUUUUACCCCUAUCAGUCAGUAUGGACGGUAGGCGUUCGGUCGUACGCUGACGCCCAUAACCAAAUUUUCUCGGAUCCAUAGUUUCCCAAUGUUCUUUAGCUUAGGGUCCUUAGCGCUCCGCUUCGCGCGCGCGGACGCUCCACUAUUACUUCGGGCAAUAGCUCAAGCCCUCAGGCCUUUGCCGUAGUGCCAACCUUGCCUUCAGUUUUUGUUUUUAAUGACUACUUCAGUCUCCCGUCAUCCCCUGUAAUAAAAGCACGUGAUCUAACUCGUUCCCAGUCGUCCCUCAGCCUCCUGGAGUAGAGUCAGCUAUUACAUAACAAUAGACAGGAGAAGUUGUUACGUCACGUUGCCAUGGUAGCAACAUUUUUGGAUGACAACAAACCGAUAAAGUCACUUAAAAGUCUUUUCGCACUAUUUCAAACUUCAACGAUCUUAUUCAAUUUUAUUUAAUUUGGUAAAUCUUGGCGAAACUUUCUUUGGGACCGUAUCUAUCAUUAUCUAAGUUUAGAAAAAGAAAGCGACAAUUUUUGUGUUGUUUCCACUUACUCCAUAAAGCGGGCUCGUGAAAUUAGGAAGUUUCAUGUCGUAGCGGUGCAACGACGACAAAGAAAUGUACAAAAUAGCUUGAUGCACGUGCAAAGUUGUUGUUUGUUAAUAUAAACAUAUUAUCUUUUGCCGUUCUCCUUGCCCUCGUCGUCGUCGUUGGUUUUGUUGUCAUCCAGAAAUAGUGCUACCAUGGUAACGUGACGUCACACUUAUCCUCUCUAUUACAUGGACCGGGUUACUUCUUAUCGUUGAGUGGAGUGCAAUCGCCAUGUAUUGUUUUACUGUGUUACUCUCGUUAACCUUCCUUGUUUCGCGGUCUUAUUCCAUGACCUCCCCUACUGUUAUGACAACUUAUGGCCCUGUAAGCGGGACUGUACUUAAAAUAUCGACAAACAGGACUGUUAAAAGCUAUUUGGGAAUCCCGUUUGCCCAGGCGAAGCGUUUCGAGUAUCCCGUUCCGCCGGACACGUGGACUGAAACUCUGCACGCAAACGUGACACUCAGUGUCUGUCCUCAGCUUGUGAUGCAAGGAACGGAGUACCAACGCCCUCUCUUCAACGAAGAACACUGUCUAAUGCUCAGUCUUUACAUCCCCGAGAACGCAACAAGCGGUUCUCGCCUCGCAGUGAUGCUUUGGAUUCAUGGCGGAGCUUUUCUUUCAGGUGACACUUUGUCAUUCAAUGGUGCUGUGUUGGCAACCGAAGGAAACGUUAUUGUCGUCGUAGCAGCGUAUCGCUUGGGAGCUCUUGGUUUCCUAAGCUCGAGAAGCAGCGAUCUGAAAGGAAACUAUGGCAUGAUGGAUCAAGUAGAGGCCAUGAAAUGGGUCAAUAAAAACAUCGCGAGGUACGAAAGUGUUACCAACUAUGAACUAAGGCAACUGAGUAGUAGAGUCACGCAAGAGUGAUAACUAGGAUAAAUGGUGCGAAAAUGAUUAUUAGUUCAACAAGAAUAGUCAUGCCAUUUUUUUAAAGUGUUUUUCUAUUCUCUGCAUUUACGUAAUUGAUUUCAGUCAUGUUCCUUGAGAACGAGCCCAAUUGAUUUCUUAUAUGGGUGACAUUUUUUCCUUGAACGCCGAGCAAUCUUGGGCCUGCUCAUUCUUAGCUUGACGGGUCUCAACUUGGAGAAAAUGGAAUGCUUAUAUUGAUGCUGAAAUUAGUUUAAAAUUCAUACACUUGUUCAGUGUCCAUAUUUAUACAACCUCUCCGAAAACGUAUACAUCGGAUGUGUACGUUAUCUUAAGCUCGAACUUAUUUCCAUAGUCACCCUUUCAUAAUAUAUUAAAAUCUUGCUCAUCCGUUUUUGAAAAAAGGCUGUUUAUUACAAAAAGAUUUCACGCUUUGUAGAUCGCCAUCACUGAGAAAAGUUAAGUUAUUAUUUCUAAAGUUGUCAUUUUCAAAUGUUUAGUUUUGGUGGCGACCCCGACAAAGUGACCAUAUUUGGUGAGUCGGCAGGUGGAGCAAGCGUUGGAUUGAUGAUGUUAUCUCCCCUGACGCAAGGUUUGUUCCAGAACGCUAUUAUGCAGAGUGGAACAGCAGCAGUUCUUUUUGCUGCUCAGGAAAGAAAUGAGGCAGACGCCGUAGCCAGGUGCAGUAUUAUGAAUUUUGUUACAAACCAGGCCUUUUAAAAAUUUGUUAUUUUAAUUUCUAUCUGUUUCAUUAAAGACGAUUAAUUCAUCCAUAACGUGCCUCACGCUCUAAUCAACAACAAAAAUGGAACCUCGGUAUCCAGCUAAGAACCCGAAUGUUAACUCCGCCCUCUCAGCUGGAAAAUCUGAUAGAAGGAUCAAAUUUCACGCUAUCAUGAUCAUGUCGUCAUGCAAAAAAUGCACUUGGUUGGUGAUGUCGUGGUGAUGUCGUGUCAAGUGAUGUCGUCUCCGUACCAGGCGCAAAACAGGGGCAGCAGAUUAGGAAAGGGAGCGCUUGCUAUGAUGAGAGCUGAUGUUUUUGCAUUUCUUUUAAAUAAAUGAAUACAGGCAACUUUGUUGUAGCAAUUUGGGUACACUAUAACACUUAGAGUAACAUGUCAUAACUCUGCUAGACAUCGAAAAUCAAUUACAUUGGCGUGGGAUCUCAGCAAGCUCCCUUUUUUUUGGCUUAUUUUUAGUGGAAAGUGCACUUAGCUUAUGCAGCUAGUUUACAGGCACUUCACGCAAACACUUAGAAACAAAUAAUUCAAAAACAACAUAACAGGAUUAGAAACCCCAACUGGCAGGAGGCAACCAGCUGCCUAUAACAAGCGUGGCCGAGGAUUUGAACUCAAGACGACCGAGAACUAAUCCAGCAAGUGGCCACAGCGGAACUCGAACACGGGACCCCCGGAUUGCGAGUCCAACACGCUGACCACUCGGCCACGCUGCCUCCUCAAGCUCCCUUGAGCUUCUCUAAUGAGAUCCUCUAAAUGUACUCAACUGUUUACAGAUAGCACAUGGGUUUAUAGCCCUUUAAAGCCUAGGAUCAAAAUUUGAAUUCUCAUUUGUUGCCCCUAUUCAUUUCCUACUGAAGUAGUGGGGAGAAGUUGAUAAAAUAUCAAGUAAAUUCAUCUUGUGUAAUCAUGUCCGUAAUUUUCAUGACCACUCUGUGUUACAAAGCAUUGAUAUUACAAGGGGAAAUUUGAUGCUGGUCACUCUUAGGGCUUAAAGGGUUAACACAUUUAGUAAAUAAUAGGAAACUGAGAAUUAACUACUAGCAUUCUGCCCACCAAUGUCAUAACUAAUCCGAUAACGUCAAAUGACACUGCGUGAACGGUCACAAGAAGGUGAUGCUUUUUAGUAUGGGCUAAACUUCACACCCAAAUUUCAAAAUACUUUGUUUAACGUCAACUAUAAAGUCGAGACGCUUUUUUAUCUUUACUUUUACCUCUGAUUUUAUCUUUAAUAAGCUGACUCCUUGAAUAAUUAGCCGAUAGAUUAUCUGAUGCAGCGCUGAAGUUUUUCAAUCAGUGACACAGGCGCUCGAAAGAACAAGUCCGAGUACUUCCAACAGGAGUCGUGUGGAAAAUGACAUUGUUACUGAACCGUUUAUUUAUGUAUUUAAAUGAUGAUUAUUUUGAUGACAUUGUGUAUUAUCCGAGACACGUCAUAGUCUCGAUCGCCAUGUGAUUACUGUGAACGUUGUUAUGUUUAGUUUUUGUUUUUUAGACAUUUGUCUAUAUGGAAACCUGGUAGACUUCAAUUAAAAAGGCAAAAAUUCAACAAGUCGGACCUAAGGUCUUUCGAUAACAAGUCCAGAUGCUCUAUCAUAGAGCUACAGGAGAGUCAUGGGAGCUAAGGCCACUAAACUAGGAUCAUGUGUCAAACAUUCUGCAUCACUGCUAGCACUGGAAAUGUCGAUAUGUGCUUAUGCAUAAUUAGAGGAAUGUGAUUGGCGAAUUUAGAGUGGGGUGAAUACAUAAAAAAGUACAUUAAAAAAUAGAUGACUGAAAAAAGUAUCUUUUUCGAGUUCGAGCGCUGCGGUAGUGAUCUGCAUAAGUCUUGCAAUAAUGGAUACCCAACUGGACGAUUUCGUUACUUCAUAGCCCAGCGAGGCUCUCCUUUAUUUGACGUAAACGGAUAUGUGCCGCUGAACAGCAGGGUAUUGUUUUCAUUCAGGGUCUUCAGUCUUAAACAGGUUAUUGAAUCUCUGAUAAUUUCACUAUGUGGCGUCUUUAAUAGAGUUUGUUUUUCGAUCAAAAAGAGUUUUAAGCAGUGUGACGGCUGCAGAUGAGCGGUGUCCAUUUGUGGCACCAACAGAGCAAUUGCAGGCUUCGGCGGUGCACCUAUACCCUUCUCUACUCAAACUACCCUAGAGUGCUCCCCCCCUGGGCUUCAUAGCAACCAGACGCUAGGCAGUUUAUAAAUUUUGGGACGCUGAGGCUUGUGGUAUUAAUUACUGAUUUCGUUUCAAGGCGUUUUGCCCAAUUACUGGGAUGCGACGAAUCCUCCCUUAAAGAGUGCGCAAAGAAGAAAACAUUUCAAGAAAUUAUUGAUGCACAAAUUCAGAUAUAUCCAAAGGAGCAUGUUUUGUCUUUUUGCCCUGUUGUGGAUGGAUACUUUUUACCAGGUACGGAAACGAAUGUACUCCCCGUGUAAGGCAGUCUGGACAGUCGACUUUGAUUCUGGAUUCCAAGCUUGGGAUUCCGGAUUCCAGGCACUUGAUUCCUUAUAUUUUUCACUUGUUGGCGGGAUCCUGAAUUCCUUUAGCUGGAUUCCGGAUUCCAAAGCCAUAGAUUCCUGAUAUUUCAAGCAAAAAUUCCCAAGAUUCCAGAGUCCGGACUACCUUACAUCAGUGGGGCAAGAAUGUAAUUCCUUACUUUACCUCCUGCGAUUAAAAGAGAGACUGAGACUGAUCCAAGGCAAGAGAAGAUAAAUCUUUAUCCUCUCUUGUCCAAGGUUGAAUUAUAUCUGACAGACAUAAUUGAUCGAGUUUCAAGACAGUGGAACUCCCCUACCACCCCUUAUUAUUACCAAGUUUUUCUGGCCCGAAUAUUUCAUUACUCUACAACUUCGUUUAUCUGAAAAUCGUGUUGUUACGAGCUAUUAACUUUUUUGGUGGGAGGGGGGGGGGUACCUGGGUUAAUUUUUGCUGGGUAUCUGUCGCUGGCGUCUCAGAGCCCCUACCCCAUUAUAGUCUGUUCUGUGGCUAAUUAUUUGUAUUUUAGUUUUUGUCCACUUAGCAUUAAUUACAGAACUAUUCACAAAGAAAAUAAAAUAAUACUAAGUAGGAGAGCGCCACAUCUAGGCACUAGACUAAUAUUGUGCCCCCUAGUAAAACUGUAUAUUAUGACAGCAAAAAAAAACAAAACAAAACAAAACAAAAAAUAGAAUAGAUAUUAUACUUAGGACAAUUAUUGACCCCAUCUUAGUCACUUUUGGUCAAAUACAUAAUUUUCGCGAUCCCAACUUAGUCACUUUCUAUUUAUGUAUCUACCUUAUAUUGAAUGAAGAACACUUUACUUUUCACCUACAGUACAAACAUUCUUGUACGUUUGCUGACCAUAAAUGUAAAGAACUAUCUUACCCCAAAAAUCAGAAAAUGUGCGACCCGAUUCUAGCACCUCUAUUGAAAGUGCGACCCCAUUAUAGUCAAUCCAGUCGUGAAAAUGCGACCCUAUCCAGUGGCACAUCCUCAUUAGCCUCUUAUAAGGAAGCACCGCCAGGGCCUUUUGUAGUUGAUCGGUAUGUUCCCAUUGUUCCGGGCUCCUAUUCCCCUAUCCUCCCCUCACAAGUCAGACCGCCUUACAAGACCAUCCAAUCCGACAAAGCCAUACAAUUAUACAGCUAAUUAUGAUUUUCUGACCUCUCGUAAUGUGUUUAAUUCUAGAUUCUCCUUUAAAGCUCUUAAAAGCAGGAAAAUUUAGCGCCAGUAAUGUUAUGGUUGGAGUAACACGGGACGAUGGUGUUAUUUUUCUAGCGGAUAUACCAGGUACGAGUCCAAUUUCCUUGGAGAUCUGUAAGUAGAAAAGUCUUAGAGACAGACGCAGUAAACCAGCUGACCUGAAUACGCGAACCAGUUGUGCAAGGGUUCGGUGUUUUGUGAUUACACUUGAACCAAAUUGAGUUUUUCUCGGUGUUGCAACAGACUGUGAACACAUUAAGGUGCACACCAGCCAAGGCCCUAAACUGCUGGAGCGUAUCCCCGAUUCCUUAGCAUGAAGCAUGCAUAGGAGUAUUGCUACUACCCCCUGGACGAGAUGCUAGUCCAUCGCAGGGUUACUCCCCAGCAAUAUGUUACCGGUACCCAUUUAUACACCUGGGAGAAGCGAGACAACGUGGAGUAAAGUCUCUUGUCUAAGGAAACAAAGCGACGGGCGAGGCUUGACCCCCAGCCCUCCAGAUCCGGAGUUUGAAGUGUUGACCUCUCAGCGACCACAAACGCCUCCGUGACAACACAUAAGUUACUCUUACUAUUUACUCGAAUUUUUCAGUUACGUUAAUCAUAUCUACUAAGUAAACUAACAGAAUCUGAUUUUAUAACCACUGUCACCAAAACAUUCAGCAGAAUAAAUAUGUCCAUCCUGUAACGACUCGUUUCCUUUCAGGCAUGACUCAAGUACUUUGGUGGAAGUUAAAAAACCCUUUUUCAAACUUAUUAGAGAGUCAUUAGCACCUUUUCUCAAUUUUCUACUUAGGUGUCUAUUAUCAAUACUCGUACCUUUCUUAUUCUAUUAAAGGUUUCACGAAACCUCUCGACGUUUCAAACGGCAUUUCAAGGGAGGUAUUUGAGGAACAGAUAAGAAAGAGAGUUUGGACUCGACCCCAGACUGAGAAAAUCGAAGACUUGCUAAUUUAUGAAUACACAGACUGGUCCAACGUCAGCGAUCCCAUUGUGCUACGCGAGCAGUUCAUUCAUCUACUAACAGACUCGUACUUUAAGGCUCCCGCCGUAGAGUCUGCAGAUUUACUGGUGAAGAAGCAACUUCCAACGUACUUUUACCAACUAGAAAUAGCACCCAAGAUUAACUUUGGUGUUCCAAUACCAGACUGGUAUGGAAUAUUUCAUGGAGCAGAUAUAUUUUACACAUUUGGCUUACCGCUUCUGUCUCAGAAGAAUCACACAACUGAGACGGAAAUUAGAUUCAGCAAGAAGUUCAUGACGCUGUGGAGCAAUUUUGCCAAAACAGGGUUUGUAGAAAGAAAUAAUUGGUACUAGCAUCUCUUGCACUAAGCAAUAUUACUAAGUGUUUUACGGAACCAGAAAGGGAUUAUCUCUAGUUGAGUGUGGAUUCCUUGUGCCAACGUAUAGGGCAGAGUAAUAGAGUCACUGGAAAGACAUUACUGCUUACUGUGAAGGCAUGCAUACGUUGUUAGUUACGAAAACGUCACUUAAAAUGUGAAUCCUGGCUGCUUUAAACUUUAGGACGCUUUUUCUAUCUCGCUUAAUUCGUCAAAUGUUGGCAAUUUUUGUUGGAGUUAAAUUCUAAAGGACAGUCACAAAGUUCGCGAAAGGAAGAAGAAAGUUGCUGUCUUGUGUUCCCGUCCUCGACAAAACGUGAAAUUAGGCACUUUCACGUAGUAGUCGUACGGCGACGGCAAAGAAAUUUACAAAAAAGCGUGAUACAGGUGCAAAGUUGUUAUUUUGUUAACCUAAACCUACUGGUUUUUUGCCUUCCUCGUUGCCGUCGCCGUCCUCCUUGUUUAAGCUCCCUAACAACUGGGACGGCUAGGGCGACGGCGACGGCGACGGCGACGGCGACGGCGACGGCGACGGCAAAAGCAACGAGAACGUCAAAUAAGCAAAACUACAACUCUACACCCGCAUAACGUUGUUUGGCACAUUUCUUUGCCGUCAUUGCACGACAACGACGUGAAAUUCCCUCAAGAGAUGGUGUCGAGUUUGUAGACAAAUUUUUCUUUCUCUUUCUAACCUCAAGAUCGCGCUCGGUUCCUGACGAAUUCAUUUUCAGAGAAAUUCACCUUCAUUUGUACCUUCGCUGUCGUCGUUGUCAAAGCUCUGCUAGUGUGCGUCGGACGAUGGUUUUUUCCUGCGGAUUAAAAUAGUUUUACAAUUCAUACCAUCAGAGCCUGGAUGAUCCUGAAUGCUUAUUCUAUCUUAGGAAUCCCAACUCUCCGAUACCCUUGGAGACCACGUGGCCCCAGUACUCAGCCGAGCGAGAAGAAUAUAUUGGCCUGGGUGCGAACUUAACAGUUAGGUCUAAAAUGCGCCCAAAAAAGAUGGCGCUGUGGAAUGAGUUUCUUCCAGAACAGUUACAAGUAGACCCAACCACAGAGCGUCCCAAGCUGGACACAACUGAUGAGGCAAUGCGUGAUGAAUUCUAAACUUAGGCACAACUGAGACGGAGCCUGAUGAUGAUAAAGGUAUAUAUUCUAAAAUUCAGACUUUUAACUGAAUUGGCAUGUAGUUAAAUUAUCGUAAUCAGAGUUUUUCAUACAGCUAGUUAUUCUUGCAAAUUUUGGAUACUGUUCUCCGGAAGCCCAGAGACUGGUCGGAACUUUUAUAUGACUGGUUAUCAGCCUCAUCCCCAGGACCUUACCAUCCCAUUUUUCAAGGAAAAGGACAUCGAGGGGAAAUUGACUGGAAGUGUAGUUAGUCUGUGUACAGACAGGCUUAGAAAGAGAGUCUCUCUCCCCGUUGUUUUCUGAGGGGAUGAGGACGUCUGUACACAAGCUUAAUGGUGUAGUCUACCUUUUAUGUUUUGUAAGAGGAAGGGAUUGCUACUCGGAGUAGUUCCAUUGGGUUGAGGUAGCCUACGGUGUCCCGUUAAUUAAAGCCGGUCGUUUAUGGGAGUUGGUCGCUUACAAAAUAAUUUGAGACUGGUGGGGUAGAACCCAAACCCGUUCCCAAGGCUUUUUGCCUUAGAAAAUGAAGGAUGCGGUGUUACAGUAAAGAAUAGCAAGGAUAGUAAAAAUGAGGCGUGUCAAAUACAGUGGUAGUUUUCCCGCAACUCCGUGCAUGCUUCCGCUCUCAUACUAUCCCUAAGGAAGAUAACGGAUUGCUUUUAUCACUUUUACCAAAAGUGAAUUGGUUGCAACUCGUUGGGGUGUCCCUCCUAUACUAGCGAAACUGACUAAUUUGUUUAUUGCAUUUUUCACUUUAGAUACUCUACUGAUGAUACUCGCCAUUUUAACAGCACUAUUUGGUGCUGUAGCUGUAAUCUUACUUGUUGUCCUAAUCGUCAUUUGCCGCAACAAGCGACGGGAGAGAGGAAAGGAGAUUGAAGAGACCAAUUUUAAUUAAAUGUAGCCGGCACCAAGGCCUUUUUCGAAUUCAGAAGACUAAACCGCACUCUAAUUAUUUAUACCAACGGUUAUAAAACCUUACUACUCGGUCUAUGUCUUUGCAAGUAAACACUCACUCAACAUUAUACACCUGCCAUACUCGCUUUGGGUAGCCUGCGUACCCUGCCAGUGAAUAUUAGUCUUAAGUGACGACGACGGCGACUUCAACGAGAACGGCAAAAAAGCAUUUGGUUUAGGGCUUGAAGGAUCGAUGCAUAAGCUCCAGAGUAAAGGGAGGUAAAUCCAGCCUUGUGCUAAGACCACGCAAAUUGUACGACACAUCCUUAAAAAUAAAAAAUUCACUGAUAUAAGGUGCUCCCUUGUCGUAGAAUUGCUACGUUGUUCCAAGGACUUGAUAUCAGCCAUUUUAAGGAGGAAGUUGUAUGACACAGACUACCAAUAACCUAACAUAGUUCUCAAUAUAAAAUAGUUAGUGGUCUCUAUUUUGGUAGUCUCGGCACUACCUACUCCCAGCAAAAGCGGACUGCAGUACUCUAGGAAAGAGAGAACAUAAGCCUUGUAGAGACGUACUAAUACUUCCUUAGAAUCUUGAAAAUUACUUCAUUAUUAAUUAUAUAAUACGGGAAGGUCAAAAAAGAGGGGGGCGUUGGGAUUUUCUGUUUUGGCCAUUUUUAGGUCGGUUUUUCGGUUUUAGUAUCCGUUGCGGUUUCCGGUUUUUCCGUUUUUUAGCAUCUGGUUUUUCGGUUUUUUGGCAAAAAUAAAGCACGUUAUAGAUUCCUCUGUGGGUCUCUCUGCAGUCAGAUGUUAGGCUAUUUUAUAUGUUUCUAUUUGACAGUCAAUACAGGUGAAACUCCAAUAUGGGAUUCUGGAUUUUUUGAUCAGAGAGCUUUUUGCGAACGCAAUAUUUAAUGGAGGAUCUUUGUGAAUUCUCCUAGACAUCCUAGGGCAGAUAAGCCGGUUUUACGAUCAUCCGACCGUCCACCAAAAAGCGGCCGACAAACGGCCGACUCGAUUGUCGUUAAACUGUGGGAAAGCUGUAGGUCGAUUUUCAAGUUGAGAGUUCACAUUUAUUGAUCAAGGUAAAAGAGAUAGUUUGAGUGACUUGAGUAUCAGUUUUCUUUAACAAACCAGAGUUAGUUUUAAUCUGUCGGCCGCCCGUCUGUUAGUCGUCUGUCGGUGAACUGUCGGUCGACAGUCUACCGACAGACUGCCAACAGGUGUUUUUGGUUUUGGGGGAACUGUUCUUCAAUUCUUCCGUUUGGUCCUUAUGUUUCACAUUUCACUAACGUUUGAGAUCUAGACUAGAGUUUUGAAAAUUGAGCUGUAUAAAUCUUCGUUUAUGAUGGUUUUGUAUUAAGUUUUCGGUUUUUAUUGAAAUCUAUCUAUGUUUAUCGGUUCUGGGUAAUUUUUGGAGCGGUUUUUCGGUUUUUCAUAGACCCCAACGCCCCGCUCAAAAAAACGCAGUACAGUUGACUCCCGAUAACUCGAACCAAAAUCGAUUUCUCCUGGAUUUUCUUCAUACAUUUACUGUAAUUUUAAUCUCGGUAACUCGAACCUCCCGCUAG